AUGUCAUACAGCAACGACAUUUUUGAAAACGUCACCAUUGGUACAUCCGUUGUGACUGUCAGUGCAACAGAUUCGGAUUCAGGUGGUGGACGGUCUCAGCCUGCCGAGCAUGGAGGUACGACCCAGAUCAUGAAGAGGCAUAAGCCUAGCGGUGAUUUUUACAGGAAGCAAAAAAAAGCCCGAGAGGAAGAAAAUAAGAAAAAUAAGGGAUCUUUACUCAAGUAUUUUGACUCGACUACCGAAUCAGCUGAAUCUGAAGUUGAUAGAGAAGCUAGUACUAGUGCCACUCCAAAUCAAAAAGCUGUUUCGUCUUCUAGUGGCGGACUUACCGAAUUUGAAGAUUUGCCUAAUGAACCAGCGGUAGUAGGUGAACAAUUGAAACUGUUGGUGGAAGACGAAAGCUAUGAAGUGAUCGAUACUCUUGACAUUCAGGAUGGAUCUAUCAGCGAUUACAAAGAUAUUGGAACUUGGCCUAUUUCCAUUACCGAUAAUCUUCGAACAUUACUUGUGACUUGA